AUGAUACAAGCAAAAGACCAGGAAGUUGAAAAAAGAACUAAAAUUAAUUAUUUAGUUAACAUAAGAUCCGAUGAUGACAUUAUAAUCUGUGAGGAUGUUUAUGGGGUAGCAUACACGGGAGAGAUUUUGGGGAUAAUAGGACCAUCUGGGUCUGGUAAAUCCUCACUUUUUGACUAUUUAAGUAUGCAAUACUCUAAGACUAAAAUUUCAGAAGGAACAAUAUGGAUAAACAACGAGAAAGUGGGGAUUAAAUAUUUUAAUCAAUACCUUUCUUACAAAUCACAAUUUACACAUUCUUUAAAAAAACUUACCGUCAUUGAACAUUUAAAAUUUCAACUUUAUAUGGAAGGUAUUGAAGUAACCAUUAAUAAACUCAAAUACAUUAAUAAUGUAUUGUUUACAUAUGGUAUGUUAAACAAGAAAUAUACACUACUUGAUACGUUAUCAACUGGUGAAUUAGAAAGGGUAAAUACAAUUUCUAGUAUUUUAUUAAAUUCACAAAUACAAAUAUAUGAUGAACCAUUAAGUAAUUUAGACGUAUGUACAGCACAUAGGAUGUUAGAAGAUUUAAAAAAUAGUGCAAGGAAUAAUAAUAAGUGUAUAAUUUUAACAAUUCAUCAACCCAAUCCAGAAAUUUUAAGUUAUAUUGACAGGUUGAUAGUAAUGUGUAAACAUGGAGUAGUUUAUCAGGGAGAAACUAAAAAUUUUAGUAAAUAUUUCAGUAAUCAUUUUAACAUAUCAAUUAAAACAGCUGAAGAUUUGAUUGAGUUAUGUUACAUUCUUGAUGAAAACGAGUCAUUUAUGAAUCAAGUAAUAAGUGAAUGUAAGAAAAAUUAUUUGAUGGAAAGUGAAGCUCAAAAUGAAGUAAAAUACAUACCAUUUAAAGAAAAUCCAAAGAAAUCAUUUUUUAAGUUUAGAAUUUCUUAUUACAUCUUUAAAAAUCUAUGGAGAGUAUUAUUGAGUUCUCUAGGAUUUUUUAAAAUAACUUUUCUAAUUAUACAACUUUUAGUAUUUUUAUUAGGAAUUACUUCAUACAUUAUUUGUUGUUUUUCUACCACCAAAACAGGAAAGUUAUAUUAUUUAUCUACUUCAAUUUGUUUAAUGUAUUAUUAUAUUAUAAAGCAGUGUCUCUUUUAUUCUGUAACAUAUGAGAGAGUUAUUGAUAGUCCUAUUUUUGAUUUUUUACCAGACACAAUUUAUUCAAAAUUAUUAAAAGAAAAAAAGCAGAUGAUUAUACUUAUUGUGAGAUUUAUAAAAUAA